AUGACCACACUAAUAAGAUGCAUUGCACCAUGUGGCCGACGCCAACUGGUCCGAUCUCCAAUCACUUCAACUCUACUCAAUAAACGCAAUUUUUCAUCUUCACUGCUAUGUCGAGACUCACAUUUCGAUACUCGGAGGUUUAUGAUUCAACUUGAGCGUCAAGGAUUUUCAGCAACUCAAGCCGAAGCUGUACUCAAGGCAGUUGCAUCAGUGAUUGAUGAUGGUAUUGGGAACUUACAGCGUAACUUGGUAUCUAAAGAAGAAUUUUCACGACAAUCGUAUCAGCAAAAGGUUGAUUUUGCCAAGCUGCGGAGUGAACUGCAAACUUUGGAUAAGACCGAUGCGACGAGAAUUGCAACAGAAAAUGAAAGGCUAAAGACAGACAUUGAUAAAUUACGUCAAAAGUUCAAGGAGGAAAUUGCAAAACAACAAGCAUCUGUACGAUUAGACUUGAAUCUUGAAAAGGGCCGUGUAAGGGAGGAAUCAUCUAAGCAAGAACUUAAGAUUGCAGAAACCAGAUCGAGGAUAGAUCAAGAAAUGUCAAAUUUCAAGACUCAGAUUGAGGCCACCAAAUUGCAGGUGGUUCAAUGGCUUAUUGGUGUUUGCACUGGUGCCUUUGCACUGGUUCUUGCCUAUAUUCGUCUGUUGACUUGA